AUGGCGUCAUCAGCACCUAGACCCAAGAUCUUGGCUGAGGUUCAGUCCCAAGAAUCCAGCCGUGGACCUUCUCCUCAGCCCACGCAUUUUUCCGUUCCAAUGCCAACACCACCAAAUGGCAAUGGCCACCGAACACUCCGAUCUGCCACUGUGGGCUAUGUUGCUCCCGAGUUUGCGGGAAAGACCGAGCAGAUGGAGUCUGUCAAGCAAAUUCUGAACUCAGCCGGCUAUAUCCCACAGCCCUUGAUCGACGAUCAGAUCAAGUGGUUUUAUGAGCAGUUGGGCAUCGAUGAUGUAUACUUCCGCAUUGAGACUCCUGAUGCCAUUGCCAAUCACAUUAGCUCCCUCUACGCCGCCAAGGUUGCGGCUUAUUCCCGCGAGGACAAGAAGGAGGAGAUUCGCUUGGACAUGGAAGCAAACGACCACGCUAUCUAUAUCGAUACCAGUGAGCCAGGUGAGAGCAACGUUGGUGGACCUAGAUACGAGUCUCGUCUUGAGGCCAAGUACCUCGAUCACCAAGGCAAGACCAAGUACCGUGUGGAGACUUUCCGCUCCCCAGCUGUUAUUGGUGCCAGCCCAUCAUCAAAGGCGACACUCCGAUGCUACUUUGUGUAUCAGUGCCAGUUCCCCCAGAGCCCUGAACAGACAGACCCCAAGGAGACCGACAUUGAACGCAUCUCGGAUGCUGGCUUCUGGCAGAAGGCUACAGAAAACACGAAGCAAAUCUACCAGGAAAUCAUUGAGCUAGCCGUCAACCGUACUGGCCCUGUCAUCGAAGUCUUUGAUAUUGAAGAUGUUGCUGAGAAGCGUCUGGUUGUUGCAUUCCGUACCCGUACAGCCCGAGGGAUGUUCUCUGCUCUCAGCGAUCUCUACCAUUCCUAUGGAGUUACCAGCUCCAGAAAGUAUGUUGAGCAGUUCUCCAAUGGCAUCACUGUCAUGAGUAUUUAUCUCAAGCCGGCGACUCACACAGACGGAUACUUCCCUCCUUUGGAUGAGUCUAUCCAUCAAAUCACCAAGGAAAUCUCACUUCUGUACUGUCUGCCUCAGAACAAGUUCCACAACUUGUUUGCAAAACGCGAGCUCAGCCUUCAGGAGGCUGUCUAUGCCCAUUCAUCAUGGGUAUUUGUUCAGCACUUUUUGAACCGCCUUGGCCCUGAGUAUGCUUCAUUGUCCGACAUGUUGGACAUUGACGACCCAGCUCAGGCUGCUUUGCUUUCCAAGUUGAAGCGCCGUCUGCGAACAGAGACUUUUACUCCUGAUUACAUCCUCGAGAUUAUUCAGACAUAUCCCGAAUUGGUCAGACUUUUGUAUGCGUCCUUUGCAAACGUCCACCUCGGGGCCAAGAACGAGCAAGUCGCUGUCACCCCCGCCGUGGAUGUUCUCAGCGAUGAGAAGCUCAAGGACAAGAUCUCCAAGACCGUUGCCAAUGAGCACGAUGAGAUGGUCAUGACUGCUUUCCGCGUUUUCAACAACGCUAUUCUCAAGACCAACUAUUUCACCCCUACUAAGGUUGCUCUUAGCUUCCGCUUGGAUCCUGCAUUCUUGCCCGAGGUAGAAUAUCCCCGCAGGCUCUACGGCAUGUUCCUCGUCAUUGGCGCUGAGUCCCGUGGUUUCCAUCUCCGCUUCCGAGACAUCUCCCGUGGUGGUAUCCGUAUUGUCAAGUCCAGAAGCAAGGAAGCCUACGGGAUUAACGCCCGAAACUUGUUCGAUGAGAACUACGGUUUGGCUAGCACCCAACAGCGAAAAAACAAGGAUAUUCCCGAAGGUGGAUCCAAGGGUGUCAUUCUGCUGGACCCGAAACAGCAAGAUCGUGCCCAGGAGGCUUUUGAGAAAUACAUCGACAGUAUCCUCGAUCUCCUGUUGCCUGCCCAGACCCCUGGCAUCAAGAACAAGCUUGUGGAUUUGUAUGGCAAGGAAGAAAUUUUGUUCAUGGGCCCCGAUGAAAACACGGCUGACUUGGUCAACUGGGCAACGGAGCAUGCUAGAGCAAGAGGUGCGCCCUGGUGGAAGUCUUUCUUCACUGGCAAGGCACAGAAGCUCGGAGGUAUUCCCCAUGACAAGUAUGGUAUGACGACGCUAUCUGUCCGCGAGUACGUCAAGGGAAUCUACAGGAAGCUCGAGCUUGACCCCGCCACUGUCCGCAAGAUGCAGACUGGUGGACCAGAUGGUGACCUGGGCAGCAACGAAAUUCUCCUUGGCAACGAGAAGUGGACUGCUAUUGUGGACGGGUCUGGUGUUCUCGCUGACCCCAACGGCCUUGACAAGGAUGAGCUCGUCCGCCUAGCCAAGAAGCGUGCCAUGAUCAGCGAGUAUGACAUGUCCAAGGUGUCCAAAGAAGGAUACCGCGUUCUCUGCGAGGAUACCAAUGUGACCCUCCCCACUGGCGAAGUGAUCACCAACGGCACAUCCUUCCGAAACACGUACCAUCUCCGCGACACAGGCAUGACAGAUGCAUUCGUUCCCUGUGGUGGUCGACCUGAAUCUAUUGACCUGAUCUCAGUCAACAGACUCAUUAAGGACGGAAAGUCCACCAUCCCAUACAUUGUGGAGGGCGCCAACCUUUUUAUCACUCAGGAUGCCAAGCUGAGACUCGAGGCUGCUGGUUGCAUUCUCUACAAGGAUGCUUCAGCAAACAAGGGCGGUGUGACCUCGUCCUCGCUCGAGGUUCUCGCUUCUCUGUCAUUUGAUGAUGCAGGGUUUGUGGAGAACAUGUGUGUCGAUGCCAAGACUGGCGAGGCACCACAGUUUUACAAUGAUUACGUUCGUGAGGUCCAGGCCAAGAUCUGCGAGAACGCUCGCCUCGAAUUCGAGGCCAUCUGGCGGGAGCACGAGGCGACGGGUGUCGCUCGUUCUAUCCUCUCAGACAAGCUUUCAAUUGCCAUCACUACCUUGGAUGAGGAGCUACAGAAAUCCGACUUGUGGGCUAACGAGAAAAUUCGUCAUGCAGUCUUGAAGGAUGCUUUGCCGAAUCUUCUGCUCCAGAAGAUUGGCUUGGAUACUAUCAUCUCUCGCGUGCCGGACACCUACCUGAGAGCCAUUUUUGGUAGCUACUUGGCUAGUCGCUUCGUGUAUGAGUUUGGCAGCGAGCCUAGCCAGUUUGCCUUCUUUGACUUCAUGUCGAAGCGUAUGGCAAAAAUGACUGGCAAGCCAGAUGGCGCCGAGCAGGUCAGACGUAUGUCUGUGAGCGGACAUGCUGCCCUGUAA